GGAGCCGGCUCCGCUCUGCCGCGCCCCCACCCCACCAAGCGGGGCGAUCAGCACCGAGGACAGCGCCACCCGCCCGCGUGCGGGGGCGGGGUCCGGGAGGGGCAGGCGCCUAGGUGUCUCCUGCGAGGGUCCAGUCCAGCCGCCGAGCAGGGCUCUUGAGUGUCUCCGCAGAAAGGACCGUAAGACCCCGCCGUCAUGUUCUCGGAGCCUCCAACCCCAGGGCCUCCACCGCCCGACGCGCCUCCUGACUCUCCGAGUCGCAUCGGCCCUGCCCCGGUACCCCCCUGGGCCCUGGCCGCAAUCGUUCUGGUCUCAGGCCUCCUCGUGUUCGGCUGCUGUUUCUGUGUCUACCGGAAGCGUUGUCGGAGGCGGUUGGGCAAGAAGAGCCAGGCCCAAGCCCAGGUCCACCUUCAGGAAGUGAAGGAGCUGGGCCGGAGUUACAUAGACAAGGUGCAGCCAGAAGUGGAGGAGCUGGAGCCAGCACCAUCUGGGCCAGGGUCGCAGGUGGCUGAGAAGCAUGAGCUCGGACGACUGCAGUACUCACUGGAUUAUGAUUUCCAGAGCGGCCAGCUGCUGGUGGGCAUCGUGCAAGCUGAGGGAUUGGCAGCCUUGGACCUGGGGGGCUCCUCCGACCCCUACGUGCGGGUCUACCUGCUGCCAGACAAGCGGAGGCGGCAUGAGACCAAGGUGCAUCGGCAGACACUGAACCCACACUUUGGGGAGAACUUUGCCUUCAAGGUCCCCUACGUGGAGCUGGGGGGCAGGGUACUGGUCAUGGCGGUGUACGACUUUGAUCGCUUCUCCCGCAACGAUGCCAUUGGGGAGGUGCGGGUGCCCAUGAGCUCCGUGGACCUGGGGCGGCCAGUGCUGGCCUGGCGCGAGCUGCAGGCUGCUCCGCGGGAGGAGCAGGAGAAACUCGGUGACAUCUGCUUCUCCCUCCGCUACGUCCCCACGGCCGGGAAGCUCACGGUCAUCGUCCUGGAGGCUAAGAACCUGAAGAAGAUGGACGUGGGAGGACUCUCAGAUCCGUACGUCAAGGUCCACCUGCUGCAGGGCGGCAAGAAGGUGCGGAAGAAGAAAACGACCAUCAAGAAGAACACUCUGAACCCCUAUUACAACGAGGCCUUCAGUUUCGAGGUGCCCUGUGACCAGGUGCAGAAGGUCCAGGUGGAGCUGACCGUGCUGGACUAUGACAAGCUGGGCAAGAAUGAGGCCAUCGGGAGGGUGGCUGUCGGGGCAGCGGUGGGGGGGGCUGGCCUUCGGCACUGGGCAGACAUGCUGGCCAGCCCCCGGCGGCCCAUUGCCCAGUGGCACUCGCUGCGGCCCCCCUGACCGAGUGAGGCCGCUGCCUGCCCCUGAUCCCCACCUCAAGCCCCUUGCCAAGCCUGGGCUCGGCCCCUGACCUCAGACUCCUGGCCAAAACCACACCCAGGCCCACCUUUAAG